UAGUCAACAACGUGACGUCAGUCAACGAAAAGUAUUUGUGGGUCAGUGGUGGUCAUCCAGCACGUUUCGUAUUCACUGAAUUAUGAGUGUAAUAGACUAUACAGGUACAAUUCGUAACUGGAUUAUCACGAUUGUGUGAAGAUGGCGAAACACACUAGGACGCCAUCCAGAUCAGACAACGUGAUUGUGGAAGUUAAGAGCAAGUUUGAUGCUGAGUUUCGGCGAUUUUCUGUGACAAGAGGGACUAAGUUUGAAGAAUUCUUCAAAAUCCUGAAAGAACUCCAUGGCUUGAGCGACAUACCGUUUGUCAUAACCUACACAGACCCUGUUCAUAGUGAUCUUCUUCCCAUCAAUAAUGAUGAUAACUUUGUCAGAGCUUUGUCAACUGCUCGUCCAUUGUUGAAGCUGCUCAUCCAGCGCAAAGGAGAAAGUUAUGGUGAAUUAAAUGGCUAUGGAUCACAGCCUGUGAAGCGUCGAAAUCCUAUCAGCAAGUUGAUUGGCAGCGAGUCCCCACCUAAGCCUCGCAUCCACAUCAGCCUGCCUGAAGACUUUCGUCGAGUUUCAGCAAUUAUCGACGUUGAUUUGAUACCAGAAACACAUCGGCGUGUCAAACUCAUGAAAAAUGGCUCCGAUAAACCAUUGGGUUUUUACAUUCGAGAUGGACAGAGUGUGCGAGUGACACCAGAGGGUCUUGAAAAGGUGCCUGGCAUCUUCAUCUCACGCUUGGUACCAGGUGGGCUAGCAGAGAGCACAGGGCUGCUUGCUGUCAAUGAUGAGGUGCUGGAGGUAAAUGGAAUAGAAGUGGCAGGCAAAUCUCUGGACCAGGUGACAGACAUGAUGGUGGCCAACUCCUCCAAUCUCAUCAUUACAGUCAAGCCUGUCAACCAGCGCAUGACACUGGCUCCACAACGAGGAUCCACCUGGAGAGGCUCACAGGCCUCAUCAGCUUCUCAUCAUUCCAACCGUUCUUCCAAAUCACUGGACAGCGACUUGCCCUUAGCUGACAAUCAUCGACAUGAUGAUGAGGAGGAGGAGGAAGAAGAAGAAGACGAGGAUGAAGUGGCAGAUCAUUUGGAGGAAGAUAAAGGUGAUAAAGACAGCGCUGUUGUGACACUGUGAAACAGACGUAUGCAAGAGCUUAUGAACAGUUUGCAGUUACCUUGUCUUGAGCUCUGCUUGAUGCUUGAUGCAUACCAAGGAUUCUUGAUGGAUGGUGUAUAUUGUAAGAUUUACCUGAGAGUUAAGAGUGUCAGUGCACUGGGUUUACUGCUCGAAUCAAAAUAUCAGUUGUUCACAUGAGAAAUGCUGAAUCACCUAUGUUCCAAUGUGGCAGCUGGAAUAGACUGUUGAGACCCGGAAAUUAUAGUCUUUAGACCAUGUGCCGUGUCAGUUGAUUGCUGAGAGUAAGACACGGUCAAAAGAAGAUGUUGGGGAAAAUGAUGUGCUGUAUAUAAUCAAGAACAGUGUCUAUUUUCUUUUACCUGAGAGGAGGGUAAACAUUAAGAAUGUGAAAGUUGAGUAUAGCUGGCAUGAUGACAUUGAAGCAUUGCAGUUGAGUGUGUGGGAUGAAACUGUUCAGUGUGAUUGUUGCAGACUAAUUGUGUCAGCCAACUAUGCAGAAGAGAUGUGAAUAACCAUUGUACAUAGCUUGAUGACAAAGAUAUUCUUGCAUUUACUGGUCAUAUAUCAUACUUCUCAUUUCUCUUAGGCCCCUAAGUGUUGUGGAAAUGGCGUUGUGAGAGGUUUGUUUUAGAAAGCUGUCCCUUGAUUUUGGACAAAGGUGUUCAAAGUAGAAAGAAGUCAGUGUGUUAGGAAAGCAAUCAUGUUGUGGAUAUCUGAUCAUGCAAAGGUUCUAGUUAAAUUAAACUCUCUGUCGCUUAUUCAUGGAGACCAAAAUGCUGUGAAAAACAGGUUGUGGGGAGGGAGGGAUGAGGUGUCUGGGUGGGAAUUAAUAUUGUUCAAUGGGAUCUGAAAUGCGUAUCACUUGUGAUAUCUGAAUUCAAACUUAAAGCCAAACUGACAUUCCUAAAGAAAUAACUUCAUUCCAAGUCUAAGAGUGGUUUUUAUAACAAAUAUGCAGAUGCCGUCCUCUAAAGGUUUACCUCUUGCAACUACUGCAAAAAUCUCUACAUGUGGCCUGCACCUUGACUGCAAUACAUUUUGUGUACAGCAAGGAAAAAGUAUGAAGUCACUUUAUUGGAAAAAGCUGUUUGUUAACUGCUGCCUGGUUUCCUUAUGUAACUAAAGAACUCACAAAAAAUCAGUCAUUCUCAGAUUGACAGACCAAAAGAUGCACAGAUCAAGAGAAAGUAAAGGACCUGACACCUACAUGGACUGAUUUCUCUCUUUUGUGAAGCAUUUUUGUCGUUUGCAACAGAGCAGGCUUGUGGUGAUUGGUAGAACACUUAUCUCCAAGACAGUGAGGUCAUAUGUCAAGAUCAAAUGUCUUUUGCUUUCUCCCCCUUUGGAUGUUGCGGUGGUUUAUAGAGAUGAGCUAACUCACCAGCAUUAGUUGCUGGCUGAGUAUAAAAUACUAACAACUAUCAUCAGCAAAUUGAGAUAUAACAACAAAAGAUGGGUGUUCCCCAGGAGAGUGUUUCUAAACACAUGGUACCUAUAAUUCAGAAUACCUGAUCAUGCAGAAAUUUUUAUAAUAAUUAUCAUGUUCCUUAGAUCAAUGGAUUUUGAGUAAUUCACAUUGAGCACAAAAGCUUGGAACUUAAAUCUUUGUCUUUCUGAUCAGUGGAUUCAAGUCAUUCAAACUGGUAACUCUUCUGAUAGUGUACUAAUGUGACUUAAAACAAGCAUGGAGCCAGUUCAUCAGAAUGUUUAAGUCAGGCUUGUCCUGUUGAAAAGUGAGUUAAAACAAGUAUGGUGGCUAUCCAUAAGAGCACUGGUCCUGUGAAAAAAAUAGCAAGUUAAGAAAAAGAGAAAAUUGGCUUGCAGUAUGUACUUUUUUUUUAAUGGCGAUGAUUAAGCUUGCUGUGGUAAAUUGGGAUUGAACUGAUUCACUCUGGAUUAGUGGCUGGAUGAAAAUGGGCAGCUGUUGUGCAGGAAGAUGGCAAACUAAUAGACCAGAAAGUGGUUGUAAUCUUGAGAAACGAAGGAACGCAAACUUACCAGAGAGGGAGGUAUCUUUCAACCACUUUCAGUCAUGAGGCAUAUGAUUUACGCUUUAAGCAUGCUUGUCCAUCUACAGUGCCUAUUGUAUAUUUUAAAGCAUUUAACCCACAUUAAAGUGGACUAGAGUAGUCUUUUUAUGUUGCAGGAUGUCACGUUAGAUGUCUUGGAUGUGGUGAAUAUAAAAUAAUUUUCUGAUGUAUAGAUUAAAGCAUAUAUUUAUUCUUCUCUCUGCUCUUCUUGUUUAAUUUCUUUCAGUUUCCUAGCUGGUACCCCUUAAUGUCAGAGCUGUGUUAGAUAUUGAACAUGGCCAUAGAAUUCAUCUGCUUUAAGGUAAAGGCUUAACUAGAUUUUGUCUGUCACUGAUGGUCGAUCUCCGAACUGUCCAUUUUUCUAAAAAAAGAAAAGGCUGAUCUUAUAUACCUUCAACAUUUUUGUGUGUAUGGUGUGGGUUGGGGGAUGCAUCUCACUCCUUGCAUUUGAGAUACCAAUCUUGAACUGCAUCUGAUAGCUCUACAUUGACCUUUACCAUUUCCUUGUUCUUCGCCACUUUCCACUAGAUGUCAGUCAGGCUGAGAGCCCAGUGCUGUCCCUGCCUUGGAGGAAGAAAAGGCCAUAUCAUGGGCUGUUGAAUAUCAAACAACCAUGACAAUAUUGCACAUAUAGAUGCCUUUUUUUUUGCCUCAUCUUGAAGCUUGAAAGCCAGUUUUCCCAAUCUUCAAAGGUUUAAGACUGUUUUCUGGACAACAUGCCACCAUUAAACUUUAUCGGUUAGAAUCAUUCUGGCUCAGGGCGAGUGUGCAUGUCCAAAUUAUGAUCAUCUUGUAGACAGAUCGAGUCGAUGAUCUCUGCCCUGCUUGUGGCAUCAUGUGCAACUGUAGUAGGAUGCAUCAAGCCAGAGUUGGCGAACUUGAUCAUCCUGCUAGUGAGCCACAGGCCAUAGGUCCCAACCAUGGUCACUAACACACCCAUAGUCACACUGUUAGCGAUAUUACGCUUAAAUUUGAUAUGGCUGCUUACAGACCUGAUUGUGCACAUAAACUUGACUACUAUGUAUUUAAUAGUUGUUGUAUUUAAUUAUAUGAUGUGCCUGCAUUCCUGUCUUGGUCUAUGCAUUUCUUGCUUUUGCUAUGUACAAUCCUGUUUUCAGCACAUUUGUGUACAAUUGUUUUUUUAAACAAUAGGUGUGAGAAGCUUGUGCCGACCUGUUACAUGAAUGCUGUGCACCACUUUGUUUACCAGGCACAAUCUUGUCCUUAAUGGCAUGUUUGCCAUGUACAUUCCUCUGUACCACAGUCAGACAUCCUGCUCUAGAGAUGGUGUGGAUAAUCAGACGUGUUACACAUAUUCUUUGUGUGCCACACACAUUCCUGCCUCUGUUAACCAUUCUCAGGUGGUCUUCCUUCUCAUGUCCAAGUGAAAUAAUUUCUUUGGUCUUCCAUCAUUUAUCAGCUAUGUGUAUGGUUACUUUAAAUUAUUGAAUUAUAGAAUCUUUGAAGACACAGCUGUCAUUGCAGGAAUGUUCAUAAACUGGACCUAUUGUGGCACCUUAAAAGCCAUCAGGCAGUUAUGUCCACUUGUAUGUGUGUGUGUCCAUUUACAUGCAUGCAUCUUAAAAAAGAAAGUACAUUUAACAAUGAAGUAAGACUGUACAUGGCUCCUAACUAGCAAUCCUUCCCUCACACCACCCCUACUUGUAGUUGCAUUCACUGAUACCUUUUUUGCAGAAUUUAACAAACUGUCUUGUCUAGAUUGUCAGCCAUGCUUUUGAGGAAUGGUUUAUUCUUUCUACCAGCAGUAAUUGUAAUUAGUAUGAUAUGUAAUAGAUGAUUUCAUAACGUAGAGCAUUUUUGUUCAGAAGAUAGCUUGAAGACUAUUCUCUAAAUAUGAAUAUUCCACAUAUACUGCCACGACCUAGCCAUUUGUGAUUUUUUUAUGUGUUGUAUACUGCCUUACAGUUUGAACUAUAACUGCUUCAAAAGGGCUGUUUUUUUAUGUACUGUGCACUUAUUCUUGAAGGCACAUUGGUCAGAACAAAAGAGUGCUUAGAUUUGACUUGACAUUGUCAUGCAGUGGCUUGUAUGAGAGGAAGAUAUGAGAGGAAGAUCAGUGGUGAGGCUUUCUGUGACUUUCCCGCCAUUUCUUCUCCAGGCAAUUGCCUCAAGACAUUUGCAAACAGAUGCACCGUGAUAUACUAUAUAUCUGAUAUUGAUGAAUCUUUUUUUCUACAUCGUUAAAAAAACAUAUUUUUCAAUACCUUAUUUUCCUAAGUGUUUAAGCUUGGUGGUACACUUUUUACCACUUGUUUGGUUGUGAACCAAGUACACAUAUCAUGUAUCACCUGAAUGGCCUAAUGCCUGAGGUGCACAGCUGUUGAGAGUUUUUUGUGCAUCAUCAGACCAAAUUGUGUAAAUUGUCAAGCAUUUGUCUGUUAAAGUCUGUGAGUGCAGCCUGCUGCAAGACUACACAUCAAUGCACAGAUGACCAGGGAUUGUUAGGAAUGCAUUUCUCAGGUGCACCUGUGAUGAAGUUUCCCCUUUGUCAGACUUGACUUUGGGUAUUGAUUUAAAAACAAAUGGAAAAUUUGUUUGGUCUUUGACAUUGAGGGUUAAGACUCUGUUUUUUGUUUUUUUUAAAAAAAGAGCAUUUCCAACAUUUUGUGUUAAGAACAAGUUCUUGAGUAAAAUCUUUAGUGUGUGUUGUGACCAGAACAGACUUACGAUUGUGGUACCUUGAUUAUAUGAAAUAAAGCUGUUUUGGAAAUAUA